AUGACCAUGUCACAAACAGCUGAGGAAUUCCACAGAAAGCACAACAGAUUCACACGCUGUACCAGACCAAAACGCAUUGUGUCGGACAACGCAGCCACCUUCAAAACCACAGCCACCUGGAUCAGGAAGAUAUGCAAGAGUGAAGCACUGCAAGACUUCUUAGCACAACAGCAGAUAAUGUGGCAGUUCAACUUAUCAAGAUCGUCGUUGUGGGGAGGAUUAUACAAAAGGCUAAUCAAAGAGGUGAAGAGAACCUUGUACAACACAAUGGGGAGAACACACCUAGAGUACGCGCAAGUUGAUGCUGUAGUGAUGGAUUUCGAACGACACCUCAACCGUCCCCUAACAUACAUGGAAAGCGAAACAGGAGAGGAACAAGUGUUGACGCCCAACACAAUCACGUGGGGACAAGAGGCGUAUACUAUAGAAGACAUAGAGUUGGCUGGAGAUGAAGUCACUAAGUUACAUGCGUGA